GUGGUCGGGCCGCGCAGGCGGAGAUGGAAUGGGGUCCGGGCUCAGACUGGUCACGGGGGGAGGCUGCCGGCGUGGACCGCGGGAAGGCGGGGCUGGGGCUCGGCGGGAGGCCACCCCCGCAGCCGCCCCGGGAUGAGCGCGCCCAGCAGCUGCUGGACGCGGUGGAGCAGCGGCAGCGGCAGCUCCUGGACACCAUCGCCGCCUGCGAGGAGAUGCUACGGCAGCUGGGCCGCCGGCGCCCGGAGCCGGCUGGUGGCGGGAACGUCUCAGCCAAACCCGGAACACCCCCCCAGCCAGCUGUCUCCACCAGAGGUGGCUUUCCAAAGGAUGCUGGCGAUGGAGCUCCGGAGCCCUGACCAUCCCCAAGCCGGGUGCCCUGACUUUACUCCAUCCCCAGGGCUAGUGGCUGGACUCUGAACAACCCCCUUCAAUAAAGGGACCAGUCUUCACUGGCAGUGGCUGGUACUUGGCUCUCAGCCUGGGAUGGCAGCUCUCCUAGCAGCUGGGUUCACUCCCACUGCAUCCUGGCUGAAGGCAGUGCUGUGCUUUGAAAUGUAGCCAACUAAUACCCAGUCUGAUUGCCUGGAUCUGGGCAGACCAGCAGUGCUUGCCAGAGUGGUUUGGCCUGCUAUGGGGGAUCCAAGUGGUGUUAUAGGUCCAUUUCAUGCUUUGGGGGGCUCUUCGCCCCACAAAACACCUUCAGCAAAGACUUGAUUAAAAGGAAACCUGC